GUGCGGGUCAGGGAGGGGGCGUGCGACCGGGGACCGGCCCCGAAGCGCAGCAUGGAGGAAGAAAUGCAGCCGGCGGAGGAGGGGCCCAGCCUCCCCAAAAUCUACAAGCAGCGCAGCCCCUACAGCGUCCUCAAGACGUUUCCCGGCAAGAGACCCGCGCUGGCCAAACGCUACGAGAGACCCACCCUGGUGGAGCUGCCGCACGUCCGGCCGCCACCGCCGCCCUUCGCGCCGCACGCCGCCGUCUCCAUCAGCAGCAGCGAGCCGCCGCCGCCGCCGCAGCAGCAGUUCCAGGCGCAGAGCACCUACCCCCCGGGGCCCGGCCGGGCGGCCGCUGCCGCAGCCGCUUCGUCGUCAUCGCCUUCCGCCGCGUCCCAAGGCCACCUGAGGACUCCCGCCCAGCCGCCCGCCGCCCCCGCCGCAUCUUCAUCUUCGUCUUUCGCCGCCGUCGUCCGGUACGGCUCGGGCCCUGCGGCUGCCGCGGGCAGCAGCAGCGCUGGCAGUGACGGUGCCAACCUGGAGCUCAGCGCAGAGAGUCGCAUGAUCCUGGAUGCCUUCGCCCAGCAGUGCAGUCGAGUUCUGAGCCUCUUAAAUUGUGGAGGAAAACUUCUGGACUCCAACCACUCUCAGUCCAUGAUUUCUUACGUGAAACAGGAAGGCCCAAGUUACACUGAAAGACAGGACCAGUGCCACAUUGGAAAAGGGGUCCACAGCCAGACCUCAGACAAUGUAGACAUAGAGAUGCAAUAUAUGCAAAGGAAACAACAGACUUCUGCCUUUUUGAGAGUCUUCACUGACUCCCUACAAAAUUACCUGCUCUCGGGGAGCUUUCCAACUCCGAACACCUCUUCGGUCAGCGAGUACGGCCACCUGGCGGACGUGGACCCUCUGCCAACCUCCCCGGUGCACACGCUAGGGGGCUGGACCUCCCCAGCAACGUCCGAAUCCCACGGUCACCCAUCUUCCUCUACACUGCCAGAGGAGGAAGAGGAGGAGGAGGAGGAAGGCUACUGUCCUAGAUGCCAAGAACUGGAACACGAGGUUAUUUCAUUGCAGCAAGAAAAUGAAGAGCUCAGAAGGAAAUUAGAGAGCAUCCCAGUGCCCUGCCAGACCGUGCUAGAUUACUUGAAGACGGUGCUACAGCAUCACAACCAACUCAUGAUCCCACAGCCAGCUGACCAGCCCACCGAGGGAAGCAAGCAGCUGUUGAACAACUAUCCUGUCUACAUAACGAGCAAACAGUGGGACGAGGCUGUAAAUUCUUCAAAGAAAGACGGGAGGCGGCUCCUUCGAUACCUCAUCCGAUUUGUUUUCACGACCGAUGAGCUUAAGUACUCAUGCGGCCUUGGGAAAAGGAAAAGGUCAGUGCAGUCAGGAGAGACAGGUCCUGAAAGACGCCCUCUGGAUCCAGUUAAAGUAACAUGCCUCCGAGAAUUCAUUAGGAUGCACUGCACCUCCAACCCCGACUGGUGGAUGCCCUCAGAGGAGCAGAUCAACAAGGUGUUCAGCGACGCCGUGGGCCACGCCCGGCAGGGCCGCGCGGUGGGGACGUUCCUGCACAACGGGGGCUCGUUUUACGAAGGGAUUGACCCCCAGGCUGCCCAGGAUGAGGUCUUCAACAAGAAUUCCCAGGAUGGGUCUGGGGAUUAGUGGACAAAGCUGCUCCACGGUAGCCGCUGCUCCUCUCACGAGUUCUCAUUGCGAACGUCCUAUGCCCAUCACCUUAGAGUCCAAAGCACGGCAUUCUGUCACGCGCCCUAAAUCUGAACUCUCUUAACCCAGUGACACACUUCCCAAAUAGAAAUCCACUUUAGGGUCAUUCGGGAAGUCUGUGGAGCCUACCACAGAUUUUCAGAAUAUUACAGAAAAGAAAAAGCUACAAUUGAUUUUGCAAGGUUACUACUGGCUAGAUGGUGAGGGUGGAAAACAAAAAAAUAGGCAGACUCCGAGUCUCCUGUCUGAAAUCGAGUAAACUCUGCUUCCUGAGCAGAGCCGGUCCCGUGGGAACCACUUACAGGGACAAGGGGCAGGCAUGCCCUUACUUUCACUGUACUA